AUGGGAGGCUGUCAGUCGAAGUCCAAGGUGGUGGAGGACGCGGUGACCGUGGGCCGACCAAUGUCGAGCCGGACGUCAGCCAACGAGGCGCACCCAAACGUAAUGCAAGCGGCGUCCGUGCACACCGGCAGCGCCAAACGGUCGCACGUGUCGCGUUCCGCGGUGCGGCAGAUGCGCAACGCCGGGGAGUCGAAGAGCGUGUCCAUCGCCUUCGUCGAGCGCACUCGCAUGGCUGCCACCUCCUCGCACGGGAAACCCGCGAGGAGCGACGUGAAGCGGUCGGGCCCGAGCGCGACCUCUGGGAGGUUCAAUCCCAACGCGAUGCGCGCGCAGUUGAAGAAGAAGGAGUCGAAGAGGGACCAGAGCUUCUCUAGGGAGCGCGCACAACGUCAUCGCUCCUUCGCAACGCAGUCCCGCAAGGUGGCGCCGGGCGUCGAGCAGCUCAUCUACGUACAGGCCGGCGCAGGCAGCCAGCACGGCAUCGAGAAAGCGAUAGGCGGCCAGUCCGGGAACUCCCGCUGGCAUGACGUCCAGCGCUGGGACGUGGGGGGCGACGAGCACGGUCCUUCGUCGAACGUUCAAGGCGAGCCCGCGGGGCUGUUGUUCGCGGGACCGAGGUCUACGAGCAUGGCAGACUACAAGCAGGCAUCGAUGAACGCGAGGAUGUACGACGAGGCGCGCAAGAAGCACGGCGCGCAGCUCGCCCGCACGCGCACCGUGAAAGCGAAGACCUAG